GACAAGCCCGGCCCCGGGGCCAAAGGUGCCAUUGUGGCAGCGUCUGUGCGGGCUCGGGAGUGGCGGCAGCAGAGCUCGGAGGCGGCCCCAGCGCAGGUGCCUACAGGUCAAGGCCAACGGUGUUCCCUCAGGAUACAGCAGUCCUGAGCAUUCCCCCCAGAGCUGCCUGAUGCCGCCCAUUCCUUGUGGCACCUGUUGCUUUCCUGUGGAAUGUCCUACCUCCACCAAGAGUAAAGAGGGAGCUGGAGAAAGAGCUUGCCAGGCCACUCCCGAUCCUUUCCCAGCAUUCCUGCUCAAGUGCAGCAGCCUGAGCUGAGCGCCAAAGUGCGAAUGAGCUGGCGGUGACUCGGCCACGCCACAGUGCUCGGAGCCCGCGACGGGACAGGACGCGCCAGAGCAGUGCCGUGAGGAGCCCCCGCACACAGCACACUCGUUUGCGUCUCACCCGGAGCACUUCCGAGGCGUUAUUCCUGCAGGUGACCUCGUGGCAAGACCGUGGGACUUGGUGUCCUGUGGCCUUCCCGAGGAUUUUCUUUUGCAGGUGCACACGCGGCAGGUGCAGUCGCGGGACUUGGUGACCUGAAUCGUUUACGAGGAGUCUCCUGUCCUUGUGGCAGGAGCCCUCAGGACCAGAGUGCAGGACUUGCUGUCCUGCAGCCUUCCUGAGGCUUCUUUGUCGUGGGUGUCUUCAAGGCACAACUGCACGACUUGUUGCCUCUCAGCUUUCCUGAGGCAUCUCUCUGCUAGGUGCCCUCGAGGCCAGACUCUGCCAUGGCAGGUAGAUUUCUCGGCCUGUUCAAGGUGUUCAGAGGGAAAAAAAAGAAAAGCCCUGGAGUUUCCCCAGCACAGCAACCUAAAGAACUGGACCCGUUUCAUCCAAUGCAAGAUGGUGCAGCCACGGACCAGUCACAGGAGCAGGAACCCACCCGUGGCAGCUUCCGCAGAACACUGAAGAUGUUCCGAAAGUUCCUACGCAUUCGACGUAGAAAUUCGAACACCACAGCAACAGAGAGCACAGCCAAGCAUGACUCCAGGGUGACUGAGCUGCAGGCAGAGCCUCAUGUCAGCCCAGAUUCGCCUGAGUGCUCAAACGAAUCUGACACAGCAAGGAAUGAUGACAGGGCAAAGGCUGACACGGCAGUGACUGAGGACGUGGCCAUCCCAAACGCAGACACCAGAGAGACUCGGGGCAUUGCAAAUACUGACACUGCUCCCACUGCCACUCUGAGCCAGGAACUCAUCCUGGACUAUUUCAAGAACCCUUUUGUUUCAUCUCAGCAGCACAUAAGCAGCCUGGGGCCAGGGCUCAAGGCCUCACAGGAUUGGGUCCCCACUCACGCCAUGGUCACUGAGACCCCUCAGUCUUUGAGGCCAGCACAUUGUGGCAGGGAGGGAAGCACUUCUUGGGGGAAGCUGGGGAGCUGCUCCAUUGGACAGUGCUCCAAGUCUUCCCCACUCCAGGUGCCAGCCAUGGUGAAAAGCAUUCACCAGAGUCUCGAGUCCCACGUCACUGUGGAUGCCAGGCUGCGCACUGUCAUUUGGAGGCUGGCUGGAGAACACCCUGCUGACGUGGUGCUGACCCUCCUGCGCUGUGCCCCAACGUGUGACAGAGCUGCUGCAAGGAUGUGGAGAGCCAUAGCUUCAUCGGGACCCACAGUGGAGAAGGUGCUGCCAGUCCUGCUCUGUGUGAUGAAGGGUUGGCCUGUGCACAGCAUGUGCACCUCUGAUGGGGACAACAAAGACGUUUUUGCCCUGGCUGCAACUCUGGUCAUCUGGCUAAUUGUGCCUCAGUGCCACAAGGCAAUGAUCCUUUAUUCCUCCCACCUCUUUGUGGCUCUGCUCUUCCACAUUGUCAUCACCACACAGGAGAUGCCAGAGGAAGUCGAUAACUUCUGGAGAGCGUGCCAGGAGCAACACCGCCUUCCCUGCAAGCCCAACAGGUUUGCAGUGCAGGCCAUGAAGGCUCUGCUCUUCUGUCUGCAGUAUGAGCCUGAGGUGAUGGCCAUGGAGCGCAAGCGUGGCUGGGACACGCUGCUCUGUGCUGACACCCAGCACUAUGCCGCGGGUCUGCUGGCCAGGGAGAUGCGCCGUGUCUCCCUCUCCUUGUGUUCUGGGAUUGCACGCCGCCUGCUUGGGCAGCUCAGCAGGGAAGAGCUACGCUGGGAUCUGCCUUUCCUGGCAUUCCUUGUGGAGGUCCUGGACUGCUUGGAUUUGACUAAAUGUGCUGACAGCAUCCUUGAAAUCAUGUCAAGGCAUGUGCAGGGCAAGUGCAGGGACAGGCGUCACCUGGUGCUCAGAGGCCUUGUGGUGCUCAGCAAGGAUCCCUCGAUGGCCAGAAAAAUGUGUAGCCUGUCUCAAAGCCUUCUGGAGCUGCUGCGUGAUGCAGAUGGAGAGGUGGUUGGCAUGACCCUCCGCGUGUUCACGAAUGUGCUCCAGGACAAAGACAUCCUGAUAUCCAGCACCACUGCCCUGAAGCUGGCCGAGGCGCUCCUGGCACUCUUUGACAACGACAACGGACAUGUGCAGCUGCUCUCCCUUGACCUCUUCUGCAAGGUGAUGGAAUUGGUAGUAGAUGAGGGGAAAAAGCCUCUGAAGUCAAGUGUGUGCCAAAGCCUACCCCCACUUUUAUUCCACUGCCAUGAUGAAAAUCGGCGUGUGGCUGAGGCCUCUCGGGAAACGCUGCAUUGUGCGGCCAAAUUCCUGAAGAGGAAGAAUCUCGUACAACUGGUGAAGACAGAGAAGCUGUGGCAAUUCGCCGAGCGCCUGGUGGCAGAGGACAGGAGCCGAGCGGCCGAGCACCUGCGCCAGGCGCUGCCGUACCUGGACAGCCCGCAGGAGCCCCUGCGAGAGGCGGCCCUCAGGUUCCUGGGGCUCGCCGGACGGAGCUUGAGGGGGCAGAAGGAAGAGCUGCAGGUGAUCAGCGAGGCUCUUCAAUCUCUGAGGAGAGAUGACAGCCCUUCCCAGACAAACACAGGAGAUCAAGAGAUACUCAACGGAAGAGCUGCAGAACCACGCUCAUCUGCUGCCUCAGAAGAACCAGCAUCUCUUCAAGACUUGCAGAUGCCGUGGAAGAUGAGGCUACCUUGAGACCAGAAGAGACCAGCUGGAACUCCAGGCACAGCUGAUGAUUGCCACAGCUGAGCCUGUGGGAAGUUUGUGUGGCUUCAGCCCUCUCCCUGCCUAUAGAUAGCUCUAUCCCUCCAGCCUUCAGACACUGCCCAUCCUCUCUUCUUCCCUCCAGUAUUCCUCCCUUUUGACUGCUACCUCCCUCCAGUCCCCAGAUUGUGCCCAUCCCUUUUGUUCCCCUUCAGCUCAUCCCUUUGCUUUGCUUUCCAUCAAUAAAGUUUGGCUUCUUCACUUUGCUGC